UAACCAAUUAUCUAUAUUUUAAGUUAAAAAUAAUAUGCAAGAAUUUUCAGCGUGUUGUUUUUGUCUUCUGACGUCAUGAUUCCAAUAUGGCCGCACUAAAGUGCCGCCUUAAAACUAUCGACGACCGGUCGUCCGCGAUAGUCAGUAUUAAUAUCUUCUCGUUUGCGGGCAUAUAUUUCUUGCUUGUUCUCUACUCGUUUGAGUCAAAAAGAAAAAUUGAAACCGGAUGCAGUAAAAGAAAGAGAGAAAGGGGGAAAGAGUUUUAUUGAAUCUAGUCAGAUAACUUGACUAAAAAAUUGACUAUACAAUAUUGUCAUUAUAUCAGUGCUAGAAUAGAAUUUGAUCAAUCUUAAGAGAUUUUGUCGAACAAGAAAGAAAAAGUAUAAAUUCAACGUAUCAAAGAGUGAACGAUGUGUGGAAAAAGUUUGAUUUGGUGUUGCAUCUUUUUUUUUUUGUCUCUUCGUCAUCGAUGAAACUUCGCACGAAUUCAACAAAUUUGAUCACCACAAAUGCCAAUCAUAAAAGCAACUCCUCGUCACAGGAAAUUUAUGAAAACUUGAUGAGAAAUGAAGACAAGAACGAUUCCAUGUCAUAUGAGUUCUUUGAAAACUUCAGUAAAAAUAGCAAUAUAAGUAACAUCAUUCCAUACGAAAUGUGUUACAAUAUUACUUGCAUUCAGCUAUGCUGUCCUCUCGGCGAUCGUCUGGUUGAUAAUAAAUGCUUCUCUGAUGGAAAUGAUUACAUCCCGCACGGAUACACGAAGAAUAAUAAGAAAAUGGACGAAUUGUUUCAGCUUACGGUAUACGAUCCAUGCUCGCAAUUUGAGAGAUUUGACCGCAUUCUGCUUCCUAUUGAUCACCUUCAUGAUUACAUGAUAUUUACCAACGGUUCUCUUUAUUUAUCUUCUCUUAAAAAACUUAUCGAAUCGACAUCAUAUUGCUUUGCCGUAGUGGACGAGGGAAAUGAGUACGAAGUGACUAUCUGUUCAGUGAUUGCUGACGAGAUCGUCAGUAUGAUAAAUGACAUAAAGACCAUACAUGUUAGCUUUUAUAUAGUGUCCAUACCAUUUCUGGUGGCAAUAUUUCUGGUGUAUUCUAUAUUGCCAGACCUCCGGAACACACACGGCUUCUUGUUGCGGAAUUACAGCGGUGCUUUGUCUAUCUCAUACAUAAUUCACGCUAUAGUUUUUCUAAUUAAAGCGGAUGAUGUACAUUAUUGCUUCUGUAUCACAAUCGCCUUCUUUGACUAUUUUGAUUUGUUGGCAAGCAUAUUCUGGUUAAAUGUCAUGAGUUUCGACAUGUGGUGGACAUUUAGAACAUUCAAUUCGUUACAAAGAAGUGUCAGACAACAAAGAAAAAGAAAAUUAAUGUUUUAUGUAAUCUUUGCGUACGGUUUAUCGUUUAUCUUUGCCAUUAACAGUGUCAUAAUGGAAUAUGUUUCUGAAUACUUACCAGAGAUUUUGCGACCGGGAUUUCUCGCAGGAGAUUGCUGGUUCUCUGGACGGGGAACGUAUGCGCUGUAUUAUUACGGAAUCAAAAGUAUCUGCGUCUUUAGUAGCAUUUGUUUAUCCAUUUCUACGGCAUUGAAGAUCGCGCGCUAUGAAAAAGAAGCAGGCAAUCGUUUGAAUUUGACAGAUUCGGAAAGCAAGAGAUUUAAUGAUAAUAAGAAAUGGUUCAAUAUGUAUCUGAAGUUAUUUAUCCUGCAGUUUAUUGUGAUGGGCUUAAAAUGGUCUAUAGCGACAGCGUCAUGGUUGUUUGAAGAUUAUAUGUCAAAUUACGUCUCGUAUAUUAUUAAUUCAAUGGACGUUAUGCAAAAUAUUUGCGUUUUUAUCAUAUUUGUGUGGAAAAACAAAAUCAAACGAUUGUUACUAAAGCAAUUCGGCUGCGAUGUUUCCAAAAGCUCGACACGCAAGGAAUACAUCGACAUGCAUCACCAGGUCAGGAAAAAUAGUGUGCAAGAAAAGACGAGUUCUAGCAAACAAGGGAAUUGUCAGACGAAAAGUUCAUCGCAAGGGAUUGAACUUUAAUGUUGCAAUGUGCGAAAAGAAUUUCUAUCGCAGAUCAGAAAUCAACGAGUUAUCAGCGAUUAAUUAUAGUCUCAUAAUUUUCGAAAGAAAAAUUAACUUUAUAGUGACACAGAUAUUUUUUUCUUUUUUGGUUUUCAAUAAACUUAGCUCAAAAUUUUAUAUAGAAAUUUCAUUUUUUUCAAUCUUUCUUAUUCAAACAUUUAUUUUUUUCUUAUUAUUAUUGUGUAUUAGAGACUGUAAUAAAGACUUAUAAAUAAAGCAUUUAUUGUAAUUUCAAUAUAAUUAUUAAUAAUCGUAAAAUUAUUAUAUGUGUAAUAAAGACUUAUAAAUAAAACAUUUAUUGUAAUUUCAAAAUAAUUAUUAAUAAUCGAAUAAUUAUUAUAAUGUAAUAUAAUUAUUAGAAUUGUUAUAAUUGUAUUUUAUUUUUGAUG